GUGCAUCAUUAAAAUAUUCCGACAGCUUGUUCGUGGGAAAAAUUGAUGGUUGUAACGCUACGUAACUGUACAAACUACACUUUCAUUAGAAAUCAUUUAUCAGCCGUGCCAUUCAAUUCCAUUUCAAUUCACUAAUUUAACACCGAUUUAAUAAACAUGGAGAGAAGCUGACGCGUUUAUGUACACUUACAACAAAACGCCUUCGCUCGAUAGUUGAAAUGGAUGGAUUAAAGGAAGAAAAACUAAAGAGUGUCGACGAGGAUCAGUUUGAGGAGAAAACUUCUGUUGAUGAAAUUAAAGAAGAGCCAGAAGAAGAAGAGCCAGAAGAAGAAGAAGAAGAAGAUGAGGAGGCAUUGCCACACUCUGAAUUUCUUGACAUCUUUGAGGAAGGACUGGCUCUGAUGGUCCAGGACCCUUUACUGUGCGACCUUCCAAUUCAGGUCACAUUGGAGGAGGUGAACUCUCAGGUGGCUUUGGAAUAUGGUCAGGCCAUGACUGUUCGUGUUUGUAAGGCUGAUGGAGAAGUCAUGCCUAUUGUGGUUGUGCAGUCUGCUACGGUUCUGGAUCUUAAGAAAGCCAUCCGCAGAUAUAUGGAGCUGAAACAACAGCGAGAAGGAGGUGUCAAGCACAUCAGCUGGAAAUACAUGUGGAGGACAUUUCAUCUGAUCUUUAAUGGAGAAAAAUUAGAAGACGACAAAAGAAAGCUGAAGGACUACGGGAUCAGAAACAGAGACGAAGUGACGUUUUUGAAGAAACUGAGAAGGAAAUGAACAAACGAAGUUGUGAAAUUUGUAAAUAAUGAAUAGACAUUUAAAUGAAGAGAUCACUCAAGAAUUAAAAACUCAUAAUGUUCCCUACCAA